AAAAGUACGGCGGGACGCAGCGUUGCUGGCAGUACCGGCGUUGUGUUCAUCUGUCAGCCAGCUCCUUCUGAAAUGAUCACGGCUCAAAGCGGUGUUUCUACUGCCCCUGCCCCGCCGGAGUAAUUCCAAGCGCCCCGGCAACACGAACCGGUGUUGUCUGUGCCAUCAGUGAAUUGCAGAACGUCCUGGGUUGGGUCACCGAGUCCAGCUCCAAACGGAUGAAAUGCCAGCUUAGCUCUAAAGAAGAAAAACCCAAGAGAAAACCUUUUGGCCCCUCUGUCUGCAGGCUCUGAGCCUCGCGUGGGUUCCCUCGUAUGGGUUCCUUUGGGUCGGUAUUUCUGAGCCCUGGGGUUUCACAGAGGCACGGUUGGAGCUUUCGGAGGGAUUUGGGAUAGUGUGAGCCAAGGUGGCCGCUGUCCUGGCAGGCAGAGCGAUGUUUUGUCCUCGUUCUGAGAUGGAGUGACCCAGCACAGCCAUGACAGGAUGCCUUAUCACAGGAGAUACAGAGACCGACGGGACAGCGACGCCUACAGAUUGGAAGAGCGGAGCCCGUCCUUCGACGAGGACUAUUCCUCGACCCGCACACGGACCUGGCGGCGAUCCCGCGACAGAGAGCAGCACCGUGACAGGAAGCACCAGCACCACUGCAGGAAACGCAGGACCAGGUCUUGUAGCAGUGCCUCCUCGAGAAGCCAACAGAGCAGUAAGCGCAGCAGGAGCGUGGAAGAUGACAAGGAAGGCCACCUGGUGUGCAGGAUCGGCGAUUGGCUUCAAGAGCGAUAUGAAAUUGUCGGCAGCCUUGGCGAAGGCACUUUUGGCAAAGUUGUGGAGUGUGUAGACCACGCCAGAGGCAAAUCACAGGUGGCACUAAAAAUCAUAAAAAAUGUUGGGAAGUACCGUGAGGCAGCCAGGCUGGAAAUUAACGUCCUGAAGAAAAUCAAAGAGAAGGACAAGGAGAACAAAUUCUUGUGUGUCCUGAUGUCAGACUGGUUCAACUUCCACGGCCACAUGUGCAUUGCCUUUGAACUUCUUGGCAAGAACACUUUUGAGUUCCUGAAGGAGAAUAAUUUCCAGCCAUACCCUCUCCCUCAGAUCCGGCACAUGGCCUACCAGCUCUGCCAUGCCUUGAAAUUUCUACAUGACAACCAGCUGACUCACACUGACCUCAAGCCAGAAAACAUCUUGUUUGUCAACUCUGACUUUGAUACUCUGUACAAUGAGAAAAAGAGCUGUGAGGAGAAAUCCAUCCGGAACACGAGCAUCCGUGUGGCGGACUUUGGAAGUGCCACCUUUGAUCAUGAACACCACACCACGAUCGUGGCUACCCGGCACUACCGUCCCCCAGAAGUGAUCCUUGAGCUGGGCUGGGCACAGCCAUGCGAUGUCUGGAGUACUGGCUGCAUUUUGUUUGAGUAUUACCGUGGCUUCACGCUCUUCCAGACCCAUGAGAAUCGUGAACAUCUUGUGAUGAUGGAGAAAAUCCUUGGGCCCAUUCCAUCUCACAUGAUCCACAGAACUCGAAAGCAGAAAUACUUUCACAAAGGGAACCUGGUGUGGGAUGAGAACACAUCUGAUGGGAGAUACGUCCAAGAGAACUGCAAGCCGCUGCGUACAUACAUGCUGCACGACUCACUGGAACACGCACAACUCUUUGACUUGAUUAGAAGGAUGCUGGAAUUUGACCCUUCCCGGAGGAUCACAUUUUCAGAAGCCCUCCUGCAUCCCUUCUUUGCUGGCCUCUCUGCAGAGGAAAGGAUGCUGUGCGGUCGUGGCACCAGCCGGGAUCUGAGCAGAUGACAGCUGGGGAGGGUGUGAUACCUGCUAGAUUUGUACAGAUGGGAGUGGUUCUCUCUUCUCUCAGAGUUCAGAGGGGCACUAUGACAUGAACCCUGGGUCGGGGAGGUGAGGAAAAGCUACAGCAGAAAGCACAGAUUUGUCUAUUUAUAUGUUGUAAAGUUAAAAUAAAGUGUUUCUUAUUGUUUGAUA